AUGGAUCUCGAAGACAUCGAUACCAAUCGUAUUCUCAGCCCCCAAGCCAUUGUUUUAGCCCUACUCCUAGGUUAUUCGAUCUACGUAACUGGCCUUAUCACAUACCGGCUCUAUUUCAGCCCGAUUGCGCAUAUCCCGGGGUCUAAGCUGACGGCAGCAACUGGUUGGUAUGAGACGUACUUGGAUGUGUUUAAGGGAGGGCAGUUCACCUUUCAGAUCGAAGAAUGGCAUCGUCAAUACGGUCCAAUUGUCCGAAUCACACCUUGGGAAGUUCACAUCGCCGACCCAGACUUUUACGAGGUCCUCUUCAACAAUAAAACCCGGUACAGCAAGAUCGAGAAGCUCCGAUAUCGGUUCGGGCUACACCUGUCCUCUUUUGACACCAUCGACCAUGCCCAUCACCACCUUCGCCGCUCCGCUAUCUCGCCUUUCUUUGCGAAGCAAAAGGUUGCGGGGUUCAGCUCGCAGAUGCAGUCCAUGGCCGACAAGAUGGUCGACCGAUUGGCGACCGGGUAUAGCGAGAAAGUAAAGCCCGUCAAUAUGAAUGAGGCGUACGCGGCAUUCAUUCUGAACCCGUUGAUGGUCCCCGUCUUCCGGUUUCACAAUGAAGUCAAAGACCAAAUCAUCAAGGUCAUUUCAGGGCAGAACACCUCGAAUAAAGGUGUCCAACAUCGUACCGUGUUCCACGAACUCCUGCAGUCGAAUCUGCCGCCGGAGGAGCUGUCCGUCGAGCGCCUUAAGCAUGAGGCGGCCAGUAUCACAGGCGCGGGCAUUGACACGACCAAGACCACAUUGGCCCUCGCUACAUUUCAUAUACUGGACAAUCCUAGCGUCUUCAAGAGACUGCGCGAAGAGUUGAAGACUCGAAUUCCACGCGCCAAUGAGCCUAUGCCGCCCCUCCACGAACUGGAGAGUCUUCCUUUUCUCAAUGCAGUCGUUCAGGAAUCUUUGCGACUGGCCUUCGGCAUCACACAGCGCCUCUCCCGCAUCAGCCCCGACGGCCCCAUCACCUACGGAUCGUACGUGAUCCCACCCAACGUACCUUUCAGCAUGACAUCAUAUAUACAACACCGCGAUCCCAAAAUAUAUCCUGAACCCGAUGUCUUUCGCCCCGAGAGGUGGUUGGAGAACCAAAAGACGGCGUCCGGUAAGCCAUUGUCGCGGUAUCUGGUGCCCUUCGGCAAGGGCCCGCGCAUGUGCCUAGGGAUGAACUUCGCCAUGGCGGAGCUAUAUAUCGGGCUGGCAACGGUGUUUCGGAGGCUGGAUAUUGAGCUCUACGACACUGGCAGGGAUGCUGUUGACAUGGCGGCUGAUUAUUUCGUGCCCAUACCAAAGGAGGGGACGCAAGGCGUCAGGGUUAUGGUGAUCGGGACCAGUGCGUAG